CUGAGCGAGAAGCUUGCCGUUCUUAGCCAAAUUCAACAGCAGCGAGAACAACAGCAAGUGCAACAACCAGCUCCACAGCCAGUGCAGCAGCCACCUCCGCCUGCACUACCGCCUCCAAAGCUGUUGGUUCUUGCUAUUUCUGUUUUGAUCUCCAAAUAUGUUAAGGAAGAAGAAGAGCAUUUGUCCAAUCAGACUACGACUAGUGGGACGGAAGACAUACAUGUUGACACUCUCAAUGGACUGGCACAAGCACUUCAGAAGGUGAUCAAUCCUGAACAAAAAGAAUCAACACCGUUAUCUGGUAGCGAAAUGCACGGUCGCAUAUCACCCCAUCAAUUUGCUAACUCAACACAAGAGCUCUAUCAUCUUACUCUAACCAAGGGAUUUUUGGAGUUGGAACUGGGCCGAUUUGUUUUGUAG